CGAAAAAAUGAAUCCAAUUUGACCAAGAUGCUGCUAUUUUUUAGCGCUGCUCUUGACAGCUCUCCAGCUCGGGCUAGUCCUCAAGCAUCACAAGAUGCAACGCUCAACCUCAUCCAAAGUCGCUCCGGGGCUGCAGAAUACGAGCCCAUGCGACAACCCAACGGUGAUCAGUUCACCUGCAUCCCGUAAGUUGAAGAGCCCACAUUACUGCAUAUACUACAGGUACGCAAAUAGGCAUGGACUGUAGAUCCUGGCCACUGGUUCUCAUCUCCUUUCUUCCGCCUUUCUCACGCUCUUUUUCUUUUCUUUUUGACUAUGAAGCAACAUGUCUUGAUGCUACAAGGUAAAGCCUUUGGAAGCUAUACGCAUUGAAGCUGCAUCCUUCAUUUUUCGCAUGCUCUCACCCUUCUCCUUUUCAAUUUCAAUUUCCUUUUUCCCUCCCAUCAGUAAGCCGUAUUUUUCCAACGGCUCAUCAAUAUGCACUGGCCGCCGCUCUCUCCCAUCUCACCACUUGUAAUCUCCAUCCUCGUACCAUCAUGCAUCGCCGCCACCAGUCAGGGCGAAAACAGUAGCCCCCAGCCUCUGCCAAAUGGUGAUUCCGUCUGUGACUGCUUCCUAUCCAAUGGCACGCAGCCCAGCUACUUCUCCAAUCACAUGUUCUUCGACUUUCGGAAUCUGACCAAGGACGCCGGCGUCCCAGCGCUCAUCACCAACGAGACUCUGGCAACGAUAGCCCGUCCUACGAGCGAGUACUUUUCGGGUGACGAAUGGACGAGUGUCUGGCAGCUUCAAGGAUGGAGCAACAGCGAGGGCAAAGGCAAGGGCUUGUCUGGGGCGGCGUCGGUCCUGAUGGUCAACUCUCCAAGCAAUGUGUACAUUCAAAAUAACAACGACAGCGAUGCCGCAUCGGACACGUACAUGACGCUGCGAACUCAGCGUCUUCCCAAGUUUCAAACUGCGGCGGCUUUCCAGACAAAGACGUCGGACUACCAGUUCGUGUCGCUGCGUAUGCUGGCCCGAACAACAGGCGGCCCCGGAGCCGUAACCGCCAUGUUCACAUACCGAGAUGCCACCGCGACAUCCAACGUGCAAGAGGCAGACUUUGAAGUCCUGACUCGCGGUCCGCGGGAAAGAGUCCAGCUUACAAACCAGCCGUCCUUUGACAGCAAUGGUCAGGUGAAUCCGAAUGCCACACGCAACGUCACGCUGCCGGAUGACAUGAUCUGGAGCCAAUGGGCCGUGUACAGGCUCGACUGGACCUCGCAGAGCAGCGUCUGGUAUGUAGACGGCCAGCAGCUCGCCAACAUCACCUUUCAGGUGCCCCAGGAAGCCUCGGGCAUCAACUUCAACGCCUGGAGCGACGGCGGAAGCUGGAGCGGAAACAUGACUGUGUACGACCAGGCGAACCUGCAGAUCCAGUGGAUCGAGAUGAUAUACAACACCUCCGCCCCGACGACGUCGACGACAAGGAGGAGGGAUCCUAGUCGCCUCUGGAGCCGCGACGCCGGCCCCAGGGGAGAACUGCUCCGGCGGCGAGACUCCUCGUCCCGCACCUGCAAGGUCGUGUGCAGCAUCGACGACGUCGCGGAAGCGGGAGUCGCCACUAUGCUGUGGAAUAGUAGCACAGCCACGCGGAUGGCCGGUGCUGACGCGCCAAAUGGCAUGGCAUGGGCGUGGGCCCUGCUUGUUGGGAGUCUCGUCUGGCUCGUGGCGGUUUGAACGGGACCAAAAGGACCUUUUGAACCUUGCUUAGGCGCCCGUCGGUAUGGAUCAGAGCCAGGCUGUGCCUGGGACUGUGGAUGAAGGACUUGAGAAACACGGGGUGUCAGGACAUGGAUGCAAGCGCACUGCCUCGGUUCUUAAUACCGAGUGUAAUACCGAUUGUUGAAAGCAGCCCUUGUACGGCUUGCUUGUGGGAUGGGAGCGUAACAUUUACGAUAUACGAUAUUACACGAUAUAUUACUCACGACUUACGUCGACGAUUUCACGUCAUCUUCACAUGUAUACACUCUAUUUACAACAGCCUCUUGCAGAUGUAACACCACAGGGACACCUAAUAUCCGUAGAUGUUGGAUGUAGUUCCUAGUUUACACAUACAAGCCAUUGCUCUCCUGUG